AUGCUGAGGGCCCGGGCCAACCCGAGCGUCGGCGACGAUAAGGAGGUGACCCCGCUGCACUUGGCGACUUUCGACGGCAACCUGGAGAUGUGCAAGGUAUUGCUGGUGGCCAGAGCCAGCGUGGACAGCUGCGACCGGCACGGACAGACUCCGCUGUUCUUCGCGCCCACGAAGGAUCGAGAUCUGCAAGAUGCUGGUGGAGAAGCGGUCGGACCCGGGGGUCCUCAAUCGCAAGGAGGGCAGUCGGCCCUCCACCUGGCGGGGCGGAACGGGCUCUCCGAGGUCUUCGCCUGGCUCGUGGCGUGCACGAGCAAGAGGCUCUCGGACCUGAAGGAGGGACAUCCACGGCUGCACGGCGCGCAGCUACCUGCAGCAGUCUGGCGCCCCCGACGUCCCCGCCGCGGGCGCCCCGCGGCCGCGCAGCCCGCCGCGCGCGGCGAGCCCCCGCGCGGCGAGCCCGCGGGCCGCGAGCCCGCGGGCCGCUGCACAGAGGACCCGAACCUGGGCGCGCUGGCGCUGCGGUCUGCAGGAUGCUACGCCAGGUCGGACUCCGCGCCGCCGGUGGCGCCGCUGCACCGCAG